CAAGUUGUCAUGUGGGUGCGAUUUAUAUUAAUUAACGGAGAAAUGGAGAGAAAAUAUCAAAGUGGAAUGGGAAAAACUAAGGUUGCAAUCUUGUUGCUUUGGGUCUUGUGUAUCAAAUUGCAGUUGAAUGUUGAAGCAAGAACAUCAUCAGCUUUAGAAACAGAAAUCGAAGCCAAAUUGAAGCAACUCAACAAGCCUGCCGUGAAAACCAUUAAGAGUGAAGAUGGAGAUAUUAUUGAUUGCGUCAACAUCUACGAUCAACCUGCUUUUGAUCAUCCAGCCUUAAAAAACCACACUAUUAAGAUGAUGCCCGAUUUUUUGCUAGAAUCCCAAAAUCCAAGCACAGAAGAUGCUUCUGAGUCAGUGAUAUUUCAGACAUGGCAAAAAAGUGGAAGCUGUCCAAAAGGAACCAUUCCUAUUCGCAGAAUUCUAAAGGAAGACUUACUCAGAGCUUCUUCUCUUGGCCGAUUUGGGCAGAAACCCCCAGCUUCUCUCAAUUUUUCCAAUGCCGACAGUGAAUUUAUUCCUGUAAAUCGCUCGUCAUCAUAUCUUGUGACAUUGGGAUACAAUUAUAUCGGUGCAGAAGCAGACAUCAACGUUUGGAAUCCAAAGGUUACCAUGCCAAACGAUUUCACCACAGCUCAAAUCUGGCUUAAGAACAACAACGGUGAAGUUUUUGAAAGUGUAGAAUCAGGUUGGAUGGUGAAUCCAAAGUUAUAUCAUGACGGAGCCACCCGGUUUUUUGUCUCCUGGACUAGGGAUUCAUACAGGUCAAUAGGUUGCUUUGAUCUUACUUGUCCAGGAUUUGUGCAAACAGGCCAAGUAGCCCUUGGUGCUAGCAUAGGACCUAUAUCAUCCAUUAUGGGCCCACAGUAUGAGCUUAACGUUGGACUGUUCCUGGAACCAGACUCAGGAAAUUGGUAUCUUAAAAUUAAGAACAACGUCCCAGUGGGUUAUUGGCCGGCUGAAAUAUUGGGUUCUUUAACGCACAGUGCCAUAUUGGUUGAAUGGGGUGGACAAGUAUCAAGCACAAAUAUAAAGAAUCAUGAAAGCCCUCACACGGGAACAGAAAUGGGAAGUGGACAUGCCGCAAGUGGUCGAUUUCAGAACGCGUGCUUCAUGCGCAAUGUGAGGAUUAAGGAUUAUUCGCUACAGCUUAAGUAUCCUGAGCAUGCAUAUGCUAUGGCUGAAGAGCCCUACUGUUACAGCUCCCUCAACGACGUCCAUUAUGGGAAGGAACCUGUCUUUUAUUUUGGAGGACCCGGACGAAACCCACCCUUUUGUCCUUAAUUCAUUUUCCAUUCUUAUAAAUAAAUAAAUAUUCUGUAAUUUUGAACGC